UCUGUCUUCGUUGAUCUCCUCGCAUGUCACUGAGGCUGUGUGUGCUGCGUUAGGACGCCUUCACUUAGGCAGAAGAACUAUGGCGGUCAGUUUUCCAGAAUCACCCAUUGUGAUCAGUGUAUGUAUCACGAUCGCAGUGGCGAUGACCAUCCGACAGGACCUACAACUGGCGCCAAUAGCAGAGCGUCAACAGUCCGCAGUGAUGGGCGAUCUCGACAGAAUUCCCGAAGGUUCCCCAACACUUCGUGGAAUUUACUCGCUCCAGACGCCCACUAAGGAUCUUCUUUUGCGUCCAAGCGGACAACUCAUUCGCCAUAUACGAGAGACCAACGACUCAGAUGUGAAAGAAGGCCUCGAUGACCGUGGAGUAACUUUAACCAUGACCGUAGACUCAACCACACCGGACAAAGAUGUUAAGGUUAUCGGAGGCCACAAUAUACUCCAUCUUAAUGACGAAAAACGCGAACCGGAGCAAUCAAAUGACGAAGCAAAGACUGUAGGCGGCGAAGCUCCGGAAGAUAGUGGCCAUAAACCACGAAGGGGACCCAUAGGUGGUCUGCUGAUUGGGGCCAAGAAGUUAAUCCACACUACUAUCACCAUCCCUAUAACAACUGCCAUAGAGAGCAUCAGGCAGCUGAGAAUCGAGAGACAUCGCCAGACAUGAAUUUUGAGGUACCUAAUCAUUCAUAAAUAUAGUUUGCCACAGGAACGAUUCCCUUAAAGGGAAUAAUUAAUGUAGAACAUUUUAAGGAAUGUUUUCAGUGUAUGAACAGAAUUGAUAGCAACAAAUGUUUAUAAGAGAUAUCAAUGGUCAUACGCUAUACUGGCACCUUAACCACCAAUGAAAUUGUGGAACAUAGUCACACAUUUAUUUCAGUGAGAAUUUCGUUAGCAAACGAAUGUACCUUUAUACUAUUCAAACUUGUAAAAACAUCAAAUUUAUUGAAAUAAACUCCUGUGCCAACAGAAGCUUGUCCUGUACAGCAAGGGGUAAGACCAUUCAGACUGCUAAAUAAUAAAGGUUAUUAAUUUAAAUUUAA